AGAUGCCACGUCACUCACCACCAAAGGCUCUAAACUAUCAGUAUUUUUCACUUGAAUCUUUUUAAAUCGCUGGCAAUUCUAACUUCUCAGUCAACACUGGCGCUAACGUUAACGUUACACUUAGCUACGUUACAAGAUCAUCUCUACAGUAUAUUGACCUGCUGAUGACAAACUAUGAUUCACAGGUGAUUUACUCAUCGAAAACGGCGAAGUCGUAGCUCCUUCCUGAAACCUUCCUCAAUCUCAAAUGCAUUGCGAUACAUUUGCUACCAUAUAUAUAAUAUAUUAUACCAAUAUAUCCAGCUGACAGCGCGCUCUCUCUCCGCUCCAGACAGGAACCAGCCUCCUCCUCAUCUGUUGUUUUCUCUCUGCCAGAAACCGACUCCGGAGGAAUGGUAGCAGUUAACAGUUAGCUCUUCAGUAGCUCUUCAGGCACCAGCUGGAGGAUUAUUUACUUGUUAACGUGAUUAUUUGUCUUUCGGUUGUCCUGUUAAAAGAAUGAAUCUACUACCGUCCAAUCCUCACGGGAACGGGCUCAUUUAUGCUGGAUUUAACCAGGAUCAUGGAUGCUUUGCCUGUGGAAUGGAGAACGGAUUCCGUGUGUACAACACAGAUCCUCUUAAGGAGAAGGAGAAACAAGAGUUCCUGGAGGGCGGGGUCGGCCAUGUGGAGAUGCUGUUCAGGUGCAACUAUUUAGCACUAGUGGGAGGAGGAAAGAAGCCAAAGUACCCGACCAACAAAGUGAUGAUCUGGGAUGACCUGAAGAAGAAGACUGUUAUUGAGAUUGAGUUCUCAACAGAAGUCAAAGCAGUGAAGCUUCGGCGUGACAGGAUUGUGGUGGUCCUGGACUCAAUGAUCAAAGUCUUCACCUUUACCCAUAAUCCCCAUCAGCUGCAUGUGUUUGAGACCUGCUAUAACCCCAAAGGUCUGUGUGUGCUGUGUCCCAACAGCAACAACUCCCUGUUGGCGUUCCCUGGCACUCAUUCAGGCCAUGUGCAGAUAGUGGAUCUGGCCAACACGGAGAAGCCCCCAGUGGAUAUCCCCGCCCACGAGGGGGCGCUGUGCUGCAUCGCUCUGAAUCUGCAGGGCACCAGAAUAGCUACUGCGUCAGAGAAGGGGACUCUAAUUAGAAUUUUCGACACAUCUGCGGGUCAGCUCAUACAGGAGCUGAGACGAGGCUCUCAGGCUGCCAACAUUUAUUGCAUUAAUUUCAACCAGGAUGCGUCCCUCAUCUGCGUGUCCAGCGACCAUGGCACAGUGCACAUCUUCGCUGCAGAGGACCCCAAAAGGAACAAACAGUCAAGCUUGGCAUCAGCCAGCUUUCUUCCCAAAUACUUCAGCUCCAAGUGGAGCUUCUCCAAGUUCCAGGUCCCCUCAGGCUCUCCCUGUGUGUGUGCCUUUGGAACAGAGCCCAACGCUGUUAUAGCCAUUUGUGCUGACGGCAGCUACUACAAGUUCCUGUUCAACCAGAAAGGGGAGUGUGCCAGAGAUGUGUACGCCCAGUUCCUGGAGAUGACGGACGAGAAAAUAUGACCACACCCGCUCCCCCGCUCCCCCCCUCUCUGGAAACUUGCUAAGACACAGCCUGGUUUGUUGUUUCUUUACUCUUUUUUUUUUUUUUUCUUUUGGAGGAGAUCUCCCAGGCUGCACUUCUCCUUAUCUUGACAGACUCUGUAAGAGAGCAUCAGAAGAAGGGAGGACAAAGAAAGAGAAGCACAGACUGGGCGGGGGGCGGGGGGGGGACCCCUUACAGCCAAGAGGAACGGACGGAAGCACUAACAGGGACGCAGACGUUUGUCUGUCACAGACUCCAGAGGACUGUCUCUGGACAGAGGGACUCCCAAACCAAACACUAGCGAAAAGAGAGGAAGUUAUUUUUCUGAACGGACGACAUGCCGCUUUUUAAGAUGUCUUCCGAGGAAUUUACAAAAGGGCGGUUCUUUUUAAUCACAGAUGAUUGUGAUAGUUAGACGGAUUGAAAACUAUUGAGAUUUUUGUCAACUUAACACCACCUUACCUAACUAUAGGGAGUGCCUCGAGACUGGAGAGAAUCUGUAUGUGUGCACAUAUUGUUGUUGUCAUAUAUACAUGUGUGUGUUGUGUAUAUACCAAUGUACCAUAUUAGGUGUCCGCAGAAUCCGAACGAGGUGACGUGGAACCGUUUCUUAUAUUCACUGUAUAAACACACCGCGCCAGACCGAACUUCUAACUACACGCAGCUGUACAGAAUAGUAGCAGAAAAAAAUGUCUGUUUGUUUCCCUCGUUACCUUUUUUUUCAUACAUUGUGCAAUAUGUUUUUUGUUAAGAGCUUGCGGAAGUUGAGUGUUUGUCGUCUCUACCUGACCACGAAAGCUUUAAAAAAAAUAGUUAACAUGUAUUGGGAAAUAGUUACGCAUUUGCUUUCUCGCCGAGAGUUGCGAGAAGAUAUGAAGCCGGUUAUCUUAGCUUAGCAUAAAGCCUGGAAGCAGCUCUGCCUGAAGGGAACGCCUCUAAAAAUCACUAAUUAAAACAUUAUACCUUCUUUAAUCCUUACAAAAACUGAAACGUAAAGCUGUGCUUCUACAGGGGUUAUGUGCCCGACUAUUUUUUGUUUUAGCUGGGAGCACUGACUUCCCAAAGUUGUCGUUUUUACACUUUUUUUUUUGUUCAGAUUAAACGAAAGAGAAAAGUGUUAAUUGGACAGAGCCAGGCCAACUCUUUCCCCAGGUUUCCAGUCUUUAUGCUAAGCUAAGCUGCUGCUAGCUUUAGCUUCACAUUUACCCUACAGACAAUAAAGUGGUAUCGAUCUUAUCAUCUAACUUCCGUAUUUUCCGCAAUGUUGAACUAUGUCUUUGAGAGUUUGUUUCUGCUUGAGAGCUAAAGACACGCACGGUUUCCACCUUAAAUCACAAAAAGCUAAUGGAUUGGAUGAGAUUCAGCAGCUUAGAUCAACUGUAAAAAUGUGAAUAUUUAGAACUUUGUUCAAAACUGCACUUCAUGUUUUUAAUGUUAAGCCAUUAUUAAAUCCAAAAGUCUCCUGAAGGAUGAUUGGUUUUGGUUGGCCAGUGUGGCUCUCCAGUCCCAGCUGUAUGCUCCCUUCUUAUCCUGACAACACGUGUCUGCCUUGUCAGUGUAUCUCCGUGAACUGCUUCACAAUGCCCCUCGGGGCAACCAUCCAUUCCAGGGUUUCCCCCAGAAAAGUUGUUUAGCCCGGUGGCAAGUGUCUUUAUUUUCGACGAGGGCCCGGCUGGGGCCAGUCACAGACUGAUGGCAGCAUUAAUGUAGAGCCCAAUAGUUUCAGUGAUAACAAAUAAAGGACGGAAUCGCAAAAUUGAGAAUAAAAAAAAAAAAAAAAAAAAAAGCUAUAAGACAGAUUCCACAGG